AUGAGCACGCGUCCGCCAGCAACCGGCGCACGCACGAAAAAACAAAACCAUGCAAACAUUCCUUGUCCUAUCGAGGACUGUGCACGGUUUACUUACGGAAAACUACCUGACCAUCUCACAAAAAUCCAUGGAAUCACUGGAGCUGAACGAGACGCGCUAAAUGAACAACAAAGAAAGAGAUUCUUCAACGGGGAACUUUGUCAGGUCAGAUUCUUAAAGGAAUCAGCUAUACGGGACCUGUGGGGCUCUGAUUACGAAGAUCCAAGAAUUCGUGCGAAAAUUCAUCAAAGCUACUCCCUCGUCAAAAUAAGGAUAAUUCCUCUUGCUGCCACUCAACGCGCUCGUCCACUGACAGAGCAAGAUGCUAAUGUUCUCACAGCAUAUAACGCAAGAACUGCUCCUCGACCAGCUCGUGUACAGAGAACCAGGGCUCGUCCACGACCGUAUACCGUCCCACAGGCCAGUCCCGUGGAAAGCCAAGUAUCGAGUGAAUGUAGCGAGGAGGAAAACGCUCGUAACUCACUACCCCCAUCACCACCACCAUCUUCACCAUCACUACCUCCAUCACCAGCUCCAUACGAAUUACAACCAGUUGAAACAAGACUUCGAGAUAACAUAUUCGAUUCCAAAAUCGAUGCGGGCUAUAAAGCUGUAAUUGAUGACAUGAAGAAGACUAUGACGAUGGGUAGAACUCUGGGCACGCGGAAGCGCAAAGCAUAUCGCACCUAUCGGCGUUAUGCCAAACGUUUAAUUGCGUAUCUUCAUAGACAGCAUUCACCGCUUGCUUAUGAUGUUGAUGUCCUACUAUGCGGCGAGAGACAGGUGUGUGCAUUCUUAGAACGCAUAAGCACUGAACAUAAAACGAAGACGUUGCGCAAUUACAUCGUGGCUGCCAUCAAAUUAUUGGAUUCAAGGCUCUUCGCUAUCGAAACGGACCCAUCAAGCAAGGAGAAGGUGGCGUCCAUGACCCGAGUGUAUGAAGCUCUUCACGGAAGGCUCAACGAUUGUGAUCGACUCCUAGCACAGAAGGAUUCAGCUGCACAAAAAGAAACAACACCCUUCGACAACGACGCUAUUGAUCAAAAUUUUACCGAAAGUUACGACGAUUUAGUUUAA